CCGCUGGGUCGGGUACGGGUCCGGGCCGGGCAGAGCGAGGGCGGCUCGGGGGUAGCCUGGUGCUUGCGGUGGUGACGUGGAGGAGGCUGACGGGAAGGAUGGAGCUGCCCAGGCUGCUGCUGUGCGCGGCGUCCGCGGCGCUGCUGCUGUUGCGGGCCCGGGCCGACGAGCACGAGCACACGUACCAAGAUAAAGAAGAAGUCGUUCUUUGGAUGAAUACAGUAGGACCGUACCACAAUCGCCAAGAGACAUACAAAUAUUUCUCUCUUCCCUUCUGCGUGGGAUCAAAAAAAAGCAUCAGUCAUUAUCAUGAAACACUAGGAGAAGCACUUCAAGGAGUUGAAUUGGAAUUUAGUGGUCUGGACAUUAAAUUUAAAGAUGAUGUAAUGCAGACCACAUACUGUGAAAUUGACUUGGACAAAGCAAAGAGAGAUGCAUUUGUGUAUGCUAUCAAAAAUCACUAUUGGUAUCAGAUGUAUAUUGACGAUUUGCCAAUAUGGGGUAUUGUUGGUGAAGCAGAUGAAAAUGGGGAAGACUAUUAUCUUUGGACCUACAAAAAACUUGAAAUUGGUUUUAAUGGAAAUAGAAUUGUGGAUGUGAAUCUGACAAGUGAAGGAAAGGUCAAAUUGGUUCCAAAUACCAAAAUCCAAAUGUCAUAUUCAGUGAAAUGGAAAAAAUCAGAUGUGAAGUUUGAAGAUCGAUUUGACAAGUACCUUGACCCAUCUUUCUUUCAACACAGAAUUCACUGGUUUUCAAUUUUCAAUUCCUUCAUGAUGGUCAUCUUUCUGGUGGGUUUAGUGUCUAUGAUAUUAAUGAGAACAUUGCGAAAAGAUUAUGCACGAUAUAGCAAAGAAGAAGAAAUGGAUGAUAUGGACAGAGAUCUGGGUGAUGAAUAUGGGUGGAAACAGGUCCAUGGCGAUGUUUUUAGACCAUCCAGUCAUCCUUUAAUAUUUUCAUCGCUUAUUGGCUCUGGUUGCCAAAUCUUUGCAGUUUCUUUCAUAGUUAUCAUUGUUGCAAUGAUAGAGGAUUUAUACACAGAGCGAGGAUCAAUGCUUAGUACAGCUAUAUUUGUUUAUGCUGCAACAUCGCCAGUGAAUGGAUAUUUUGGAGGAAGCCUUUAUGCUAGACAAGGAGGAAGGCGAUGGAUAAAGCAAAUGUUCAUUGGAGCUUUCCUUAUUCCAGCAAUGGUGUGUGGCACUGCCUUCUUCAUUAACUUCAUUGCCAUCUAUUAUCAUGCUUCACGGGCUAUUCCCUUUGGAACAAUGGUGGCAGUAUGCUGUAUCUGUUUCUUUGUUAUUCUUCCAUUGAACCUUGUUGGUACAAUUCUUGGCCGAAAUCUCUCGGGCCAGCCCAACUUCCCUUGUCGUGUCAAUGCUGUGCCUCGUCCGAUACCGGAGAAAAAAUGGUUCAUGGAACCAGCUGUUAUUGUUUGCCUAGGAGGAAUCCUCCCUUUUGGAUCAAUUUUCAUUGAAAUGUAUUUUAUUUUCACUUCAUUCUGGGCUUAUAAGAUCUACUAUGUUUAUGGCUUCAUGAUGUUGGUGCUGGUUAUCCUCUGCAUUGUGACAGUCUGUGUGACCAUUGUAUGUACGUACUUCCUGCUAAAUGCAGAGGAUUAUAGGUGGCAAUGGACGAGCUUUCUUUCUGCUGCAUCAACUGCAAUCUAUGUUUACAUGUAUUCCUUUUACUACUACUUUUUCAAAACGAAAAUGUAUGGCUUGUUUCAAACAUCAUUUUACUUUGGUUACAUGGCGGUAUUUAGCACAGCCUUGGGGAUAAUGUGUGGAGCGAUUGGUUACAUGGGAACAAGUGCCUUUGUUCGUAAAAUCUACACUAAUGUGAAAAUUGACUAAGGAAAUAAGAAAACUGAACUAUGGAUCAGUUACUGUUUUCAAUGGGGGAUGAACUUGCACAACAAAAAGCGCAAGAAGAGAGUUGGGUUUUAACACUGGGCCUCGUGUGGGUCUGCAUUUUGUGGAUGGCUUAAAGUAACAUCUAUUUUCAUUGAUCCUAGAUUCUUACUGACUGCUUUCUCCAACUGUUCACAGCAAAUGCUUGGAUUAUAUGCAGUAGGCAUUACUACAGUACAUGGCUAAUCUUCCCAAAAAAAACCUAGCUCAUUAAAGAUGAAUAGGCUAGCUCUCUUCAGUGAAGAGGACAAACAGUUUAUUUCAAGAAUUUGUUCCAUUCAAUAAAAAGAGGCAAAUUUGGCUGCUAAAAGUGCUUGAUUAGUAGUCUUCCUGGUACUUCACAUUUCUAAAUUAUCUAAAAAUGCUGUUUCAGAAAGAUUACUUUUCUGGUUUUCACUGCCAUUGUCAGGAUAGAAGUAUGUUUCGUAUUUUGACUCUGGGUGCUUCUUUUCGUUCAUUUGCAGUAUCAGCUAUCCCUCCACCCAUUUGUCUAAAAAAAAUAAUUUUAAAAAUAUAUUAAACUCACCUGCAUGUAAUAUAUCAGCAGUCACUCUAGUUGGACCAACUUCCCGUUUAUUUAUCUUUAAAGUAAUAUCCAGCUACAUCUUGAAACCAUCCAAAGAAGAUACAAUCUGAAGACAGUGCAAUUUACUGUACAGUUAGAAAGCAAAAUGUUAAAUGAAGAGGAUGCUGUUUGUUUUUAUUAAACGUUUUGAGGUCUAGAUUAAAACAAAACCAGCGUUUUAACUGAAUGUCUAAAGUGAUUCUCCUUUUUUUCCAAAGUUAGUCUUUUUUUUGGUUUGGGUUUGAAUGAAGGCUUUCCUUAAGACAUUAUAAAGUGGUAAUAAGUGUAUAUAACAUUAAAUAAUGUAACUUAGGUGUAGAUCCCAAAUGUAUUUGGAUGUACAGAUUUACUACAGAGUACUUUUUUCUGAUGAUUUGGUGUACAAAUGUGUGAAUUUGGGUGGCUUUUUACAUCUUGCCUGCCAUUGCAUGAAACUUCGGGGUUUCCUCACAAUGUGUGUAUGUCCUCCUUUCUGGUCUGUUUCCUUUCUGAAGCUCUUACAGGAGUUAACAUUUGUAAUUUAGAACAUUUUAAUUUUUGUUUAAUCCUAUCUGGACACUUAUGUAACAUCUAAAGCACGGUUGCUUUAGAGUGUUCAGAAAACUAAAAUAAACUUUUCAGACAAAAAUGUUCUGAUUGUGAAAAUAGAUGAAUUUGCAGUUGAAAAUGUUUGUUUAAAAAGGCAAGGCUAUUGAAUGCCAUUUUCUGUAUACAGUAUUACUGUGCUUUUCAAAUAUCGAAAACCCACGCUUCAAAGUCUGAGAGAGUUUGCCUACAUCCAGGCUGCACAGUACAGUUCCAAAGAUGGCCAGCUGAGAGAGAUCCUUUUUGACUGAAAUGUUUAUGGGGAAAUCUGUUGAUCCAACUAGUAUACUGGAGCGAAGAAAUGAGAGGAGCACUAAUAUAAACAGGCAAAUAAAGGUUAAGAUUUUCUAAGA